CACACACUGACACACACACGCCCCACACCGUACUCCACAUAGAGACUCGACAGGGUCGAAGGCGUCCGGCCGCAAUGGUGGGCCUCUCCAACGGCGUCCUGGGCGCCCUGAGCAUCGUGUCCCUGGUGGCCGCCGUCCCACUCCUCGGCGCGGGCGCCUACCUCCACGAUCACGGCGCCUCCACCGAGUGCCAGCGCCUGUUGCGGCUGCCCACCCUCGCCCUGGGCGGCGGGAUCCUCCUCCUCUCGCUCAUGGCCCUCUUAGGCGCGUGCUGCCGCUCCUGCAGCCCGCUCCUCUGGCUCUACGUGAUCGCCAUGUUCCUGCUCGUCAUCGGCAUGUUCUUCGUCACCGUCUUCGCCUACGACGUCACCACCAAGGGCGCCUCCACCGCCGCCGAUGGGACCGGCUACGGGGACUACCGGAUCGGGGACUACUCCGACUGGCUCAAGGACAAGGUCGAGGACUACGAGACGUGGCGACAGACCCAGAGCUGCAUGGCCGACGCCGGCGUCUGCGGAGAUGGCCGGUUCAGCGGCCGGCUCGGCGGCGUGUCCGCCGGGAUCGACGCCACCGACUUCUACCGCCUGCAUCUGCCGCUCCUCCAGUCCGGGUGCUGCAAGCCGCCGGCGUACUGCGGGUACCGGGCGGUGAACGCGACGUUCUACGAGGCCCCGGCGAGCGGGCCGGGCACGACGGACGCGGACUGCCAGGCGUGGAGCAACGAGCCGAGCCUGAUGUGCUUCCGGUGCAACGCGUGCAAGGUGGGCGUGCUGGCCACCGCCAAGAGCAACUGGCGGGCCGUGGCCGGCGCCAACACCGCCGCCCUCCUGCUCGUCCUCCUCGCCUACUCCCUCGGCUGCUGCGCCCUCCGCAACCACGACCGGCCCCGCCGCGGCGGAUACUACUACUGAUUGCUCCGGGGGCUUAUUAGUUGGUUUCAGGUUCAGGAUUCAGAGUAGGUUUUCGAGAUCGCUCGUGCCUGUUCUUCUUUCUUUCUUCUCUUUGGUUAUUAGUGCAGUACUAGUACAGCUAGCAACAGAGGUGAUGUAAAAUUUGUCUGGCAUGGUGCGAACUGAUUGACGCUCAUGGUGUAAAAUUUGUUCAAUGGUGUUCUUCA